AUGCCUCCCAAGCGAGUACUCGUCAGCUACGGUGUGGAUGUCGAUGCAGUUGCCGGUUGGAUCGGAUCAUACGGAGGCGAAGAUUCCCCCAAUGAUAUCAGUCGUGGCAUCUGGGCUGGUACCAUCGGUACCCAGCGUCUUCUGAAGAUGUUCGCCAAGUACGACAUCAAGUGCACGUGGUUCAUUCCCGGCCAUUCACUUGACACAUUUCCAGAAGACAUGGCAGCUGUCAGAGAUGCCGGUCAUGAAAUUGGCUUACAUGGAUAUCUCCAUGAAAAUCCAGUUGAUAUGUCACUUGAACAACAAGAGGCAGUAUUGGACAAAACAUAUCGACAGUUGACGGAGUUUGCUGGGAAGCCCCCGCGUGGAAGUGUUGCCCCCUGGUGGGAAACUAGUGCGGAAGGCACGAAGCUACUCCUGAAAUACGGCAUUGAAUACGAUCAUAGUCUUCAGCAUCAUGACUGUCAACCGUACUAUCCCCGUAUUGGAGACAGUUGGACAAAGAUUGACUACUCUAAAAAGGCGGAGGAAUGGAUGAAGCCAUUGGUGAAAGGGGGACCAUCCGGACUUGUCGAAAUUCCCGGCAAUUGGUAUAUCGACGACCUCCCUCCCAUGAUGUUCAUUAAAAGUGCUCCCAACAGCCAUGGUUUUAUGAACGCUCGCGAUGUGGAGUCUAUCUGGAAGGAUCACUUCGACUACUUCUAUCGGGAGUAUGAUGAGUUUGUCUUCACUUUCUCAAUUCAUCCCGAUGUGUCCGGGCGUCCGCACGUUCUUUUAAUGCACGAGAGACUUAUUGAAUACUUUAAACAGCAUGAAGGUGUGGAGUUUGUCACGAUGGAGUAUAUUUGCGAUGACUUCAAAAGCAAAAAUUCCCCAGAGCCUGGCGCUAUCUUGCCGGCUGAGAGUGGUGCUAUUUUGCGGUAA